AUGAAAUUCCUUGUACUGGCUGCUCUACUCACAGUGGCCGCUGCCUAUGGGGGCAUCAGUCCGCGGGCAGUGUGGCAGUUCCGCAACAUGAUCAAGUGCACGAUACACGGGAGUAACCCCUUUAAGGAGUACAACGACUACGGCUGCUACUGUGGCCUGGGUGGAUCCGGCACCCCUGUGGAUGAACUGGACAAGUGUUGCCAGACGCACGACAACUGCUACUCAGAAGCCAAGAAACUGGACAGCUGUAAAUUCCUCCUGGACAACCCCUACACCAAAACCUACUCAUACUCAUGCUCUGGUUCUGAGAUCACCUGCAGUGCCAAAAACAAAAAGUGCCAGGCCUUCAUCUGCAACUGUGACCGCAAGGCUGCCAUCUGCUUUUCAAAGGCCCCCUAUAACAAAGAGCACAAGAACCUGAACACCAAGAAGUACUGUAAGUGA